AUGGCAUAUACACAGCCGUCUUGCUCUCGGCGAAGACUACGAAGUUGGCACUCGGUAUUCGCGACAGCAGCGCUAUUGUUAUCAGCAUGGCUACCCAUAGCUCAGGCCGCCAAAUCCGCCGCCGAUUACUAUGUCCACGAUCUUCCAGGCGCGCCCGCUGAGCCUAGGUUGGACAUGUACGCUGGGCAUAUCGAGAUAGAUCCUCAACAUCAUGGUAAUCUCUUCUUCUGGCUGUUUAAGAAUAGGCACGUUGCGAACAGAAAGAGAACGGUGAUCUGGCUGAAUGGAGGGCCGGGUUGUAGCAGCAUGGACGGUGCGCUGAUGGAGAUUGGACCUUACCGAGUGAAUGAAAAUGGAACUUUGAGAAUGUCAAACGGCAGCUGGGACGAGUUUGCGAACGUUCUCUUCGUGGAUCAGCCCGUUGGAACAGGUUUCAGUUAUGCGGAUACCAAUGCUUUUGUGCAUGAGAUGGACGAGAUGGCCAAUCAGAUGGUCAAGUUCCUGGAGCGCUUCUUUGAUAUCUUUCCGGAGCAUGAGCAUGAGGAUGUAAGUUGAAGAAGAGAUAAUGAACCGGCCACAUCUGACAAGCGGUAGCUGUACAUUGCAGGAGAGUCCUAUGCUGGCCAAUGGAUUCCAUAUAUCGCGAACGCCAUCAUCGAGCGGAACGCCGUGAACAGAGCGAAGGAGUGGACCCUUUCUGGCCUCUUAAUAGGCAAUGGCUGGAUCUCAGGGCCCGAGCAGUACAUUUCAUACAUCCCCUUCGCGUACGAGACCGGCGUCCUCCAAUCAGGUUCUCCGGCCGAUCAAGUUGCUACGAAACAGCAGGGAGAAUGCAUCAAAGCGUUGGAAAACGGGGGCCAAGACCAUGUCGACAACUCGGCAUGCGAGCAGAUUAUGCAGGAAAUACUCCGCAAUACCCAGAGCGACCAGGGCUGCGUCAACAUGUACGAUGUUCGCAAGCGCGAUUCCUAUCCUUCCUGCGGCAUGAACUGGCCUCCGGACCUCGAGUAUGUCAAGCCCUACCUCCGACGAGAUGAUGUGCUCCAAGCUCUGCAUAUCAAUUCCGACAAGAAGACUGGCUGGGUGGAAUGCAACAGUCAAGUUUCGAGAGCUUUCUCCGCGCGCAAUUCCAAGCCCAGCAAGGUUCUGCUUCCACGUCUGCUCGAAAAAGUUCCGAUUGUGCUUUUCUCGGGAGACCAGGAUCUGAUAUGCAACCAUAUUGGAACUGAGAACGUCAUCAACAACAUGGAAUGGAAUGGGGCCAAGGGAAUGGAACUCUCUCCAGGCAUGACUGCUCCUCGCCGCGACUGGACCUUUGAAGGCGAAGCAGCUGGUCAAUACCAGACCGCACGGAACCUCACCUACCUUCGCUUCUACAACUCCUCACACAUGGUCCCCUUUGACUAUCCUAGAAGGUCAAGAGACAUGCUGGACCGCUUCAUGGGCGUGGACAUCGCUUCGAUUGGAGGCUCUCCAGCUGACAGCCGCAUCGACGGGGAAAAGGGCGUCGAGGUCUCCGUCGGCGGGCAUCCCAACAGCACUGCCGCGGAACAAGAUGAACAGGAGCGAUUGCAAGCUGCUGCAUGGACCGCCUACCGAAGAUCCGGUGAGGUGGCGCUCGUGGUCGUAUUGAUAGCUGCCGCAGCAUGGGGCGUCUUUGUCAUUCGGGACCGCAAGAGGCGCAGAGGAUAUAGGGGUAUCCUGGGCAGUGACCCCUAUGAUGGUAAUGGCGGGAGUGGGAGAUAUAUGUCUGGCGAGGGACUUGGCUUGGAUCAUGAAAGCAGGAGGAAAGAAGAACGGGACGUGGAAGCAGCGAGGGACUUUGAUGAAGCGGAAUUGGAUGAUUUGAGUGCAUUGCCCCUGAAUGGGAAUGGCAAGGCGAGGGAAGUCGAGCGAGAGAGAUUUGGACUCGCGGAGGACGAUGAAGAUGAUGUCGUUUCUCCGCCGCCUGCGUCUGCUGCCAGGGCGAAUGGACAUGUCUAG